AAGAAGGAGGGAAGCGGAAGAAGACUGCUGUUAUUUAGACGUAAUCGGGAAACUGAACUGACUGGGUGUGUGAGUCACUGUACCGCUUCGAAAGCAGCAGUGAAGUAUAUCGUUAAGCUAUGGACAGAACGUUCAGUCGGAUUAAGACACAGAGUCUGAACAGGCUGGACCUGAGUAAGAAAGGCAGCGUGGACGAAGACAUUGAACAUGUGGUGUCUCUGCUCAACAGCUGUGAGCAGUUCUUCACCACCAGCUCAUGUUCCGGCAGGAUCAUCCUCAUCGAUGGGGCGGCAGGCAGCAGUGAUGCCCACAAACAGAACUGUGUCUGGCUGUUUGUCUCACACCAGAAGUGCACCUGUGAUGACCUGAUGUCAGGUCUGAGCAGAGCCUGUGGAGAUGCCGUGUUGAAGUUUGAACCCUUUGUUCUCCACGUUCAGUGCCGCAGGCUAGAGGAUGCACAGCUGCUGCAUUCAGUGGCUGUCAACUCAGGCUUCAGGAACUCUGGGCUCACUGUUGGCAAGACAGGGAAGAUUGUAUCGGCGGUUCGCAGCACCCACGGCCUGGAGGUUCCUCUGAGCCGUCAUGGAAAACUUUUAGUUGAUGAAGACUACAUCCAGUUCCUGACACAAAUAGCCAAUCAGAAGAUGGAGGAGAACCUCAGACGGGUACAGAGGUUCUUCCAGAACUUCCAGUCAGCUGUGUCAGCAGAGAGACAGCAUAUCCCAGACAGCCCUGGCACCCAGGAACAUCAAGUUUCCCAACACACACACAAGAAAGGAAGGAGGGGAGAACAGGGAACAAAUAAACAGAACCAACUAAAUGUGAACAAACGAAGACAUCAGCACGAGACUGUUGCUUGUCAUGAUUAUGGGGACAGCAGCCUGCCAGAGCUGAAUGACUGUCUGGACCUGUUUACAUAAACAGAUUCUCUGUUUAGAAAAGUUCAGGGCUGAGCAACUGUGUACUCGGCUAUCCAGGAUCAGGUUUAAAUUGUUGAGUUGGAUCAACUUUCUGGAGGUGGCUGCAGAGUUGCUGAUAAUAAAGGUUGUGUCCCAUCUGUAAAUCAGCUUUAGUUGGACAUAACAGACACUUACACUGCAUGAAAAGAGAGAUUUCCCGCAGCUAUUGACACAUAAUGUUGCUGCUUGCUUGAGAUUGAGGACAGGUCAGCAGAAGUUGUUUUUUUUGUUGUUGUAAUAGAAAACUGUUUAGAACUGUGGAGAACUGAGGUGUACUUUGUGUGUCGGUGUUACACCAUUAACUUUCUCGCCCUUAGGUCUAGGAGAGGCUUUCAUAUUUAAAGGAAGUUGCUGGAAACCAUAGAAAUUCAAAUCAGCUACUCAGCACUGGCCUUCCUGACUACCUCUCCUUAUGCUUACAUCUUAACAAUGAUUUGUUUACACAUGAUAUGACUGCAAAAGUUGUAACCAAAGUUGCAUUUUUAUUUUCUUUUGAUUUAUAUAAUCAGAGAUUCACAUUCUUUGUAAUUUUUUUGCCUUUUUCCAUUUAAAUGGAAUUAUACACAAAUUAUAAUACAGGGGAAACAUUAAAGCAAUAGUACAUUCACAAGAAAACAAUCUAAUAUAUAUAAUGAAUUAUGCAAUUUUAAUGUAUUAUAAAAUUAAAACUAUUGAUACAUUUGGGAAGGUUAUGUCAUCCUGGUCAGUUAUCCAAAACUGAUUAAAAUCAAGAGCCUUUAGGGUUUCUUAGAUAAUGACAUACUACAACAUGUCAUUACUGUUAAAACUACAUUGUCAUUGUUAAAACAUUGAGAUAUUUGCAAGGAGAUAUACUGUUAUUAGUGUGGAUAAUUAAAGUAAAUCAUUUCCUCAUGUCUAGAUUGACAGCCUGAUACAGUAUCUCAAUCUCCCAGAUUUCCACCACUGUGCAGAGUGGGAUAACAACUGCCCUGCUUAAACAUACAGAACAGUGGAUGUGUUUACUACGCAUCGUCCAGCAAUGUGCUCAACAUGUAGAAAUGAUGCUGGGAGUGAAUUAUCUGUUCCCUGCAAGCUGCAAACAUGUACUAGCAUUCUAUAAAAAUAUGAGGCUUAUAGAUGAAAGAUGACUUAACAUUGCAACUGAAAUAGAAAGAUAUUUCGAAUUAAUUAAAGAGCAGAACUAAAUGCAAACUCGCACUGUGGAUGAAGUCAAAACCUUUAAAUGGAAAGGAAAGAAGGAAUAUGACACCAGUGCAUUAAAAACACACAGAAAUUAAAACAUAAGAAAAUGUGGAAGGUGCAACAGAGAACACAGUCAUGCUGUAGAAUACCCAGCAAAAGGAAAAAAUGCAAGAAGUGCAAGAAAAAGAGACAUUUUACAGCAGCAAAGAGUGUGUGAGAGCUGACAGUUAAGGAAUGCAAUAAUAAAAAUGAUGAACUAUU